CUCCCUCUUCAUGCACAUCGCCGCGGUUGAAAGAGAUAAAGACAAUUGCUGAAGAAGAUAAGAGAUGUUUAAGCUCCGUGUAAUUGUUGCCGCAAUUGUAUGCCUACAAUUGCAUGCGUUUACAUAUCCAAGAAAGCUCCAUAAAUCCUUUUGGAAUUACAACAACGAGAAUACUGUGAUGUACAGAGUUGAUGCACUACAUAAGCGGGGAUAUCUUCCAAUCUGCAAGCCAGACUGCAGUAACCUUACAAACCUAUUUCAAAGCUAUUUGGUGGGUAUUAAUAAAUACAAUAAUGACAAUGGUCUUGGGAAGACAUUAAAGUUGAGAUGUAUAAAAAAUACUAAAAAUAAAAGAUGCAUUCCAGAAUUCCACAAUUCUUGAGGCUGGUUUCUCUCCUUCCGUUAUUGAUGAUGAAAAAUGAUGAUAUAAUCGCGAAUGAAGUGUAGAAUGUAAUU